GAAGGCACUAUUGCUUGCUGUUCUGGGUGCAAAAUCUAUUUUACCGUGUAGGGUAAAACGGCGGUACGGUGGGUGAUAGAGGGGGCCAAAGGCGCAAGGAGGGUACAAUGAAUGACGCGAAGAAGGACGACAGAAUGGCCGCAGACGGAAUACGAAGACCGGGUGAGCUGCAAAUGGCCCCCUCUGUUUACCACAACCAGCAUGACAGCGUUACAAGUGACGAGCUGGUGAGCUCAGUGACGCUCUACAGACGGAGACCCAGACUGCUACAUGGCACAAUUCUACCCUUCCUGGUUCUUCUCUACCCAAGCUGGCUAUACGUAUGGUUAGGGGUGUAUGGAGCCUCUGAAUAUCCGGAGGCAGGCCUCCUUGCGUUAGCCGCCAUCGGGAUCGCGCACGUUCUAACGGCACUGUCUGGUUAUUGGUCCGUGCAUGCGCACUGUUGGCUUACUUGUUCCAAGGAGCCAGAUGCUGACAAAGCUACACUGGCAAAGGUUGUUCCCACUCCCAACAAUGGUUCUGCGGAACUUGUUGCACUACAGAGAGAGCAGGAUGAGAAUGGAGAAAAUCUUUUAGCUUUUGAGUUUCAAAAAAUCCGCUACAUUUUUGACAGCAAAGAGAAGAAAUGCUUCCUACCAAUUGCAUUUCCCAUCUGCAAUCCAAUGGGUUACUUUCAAUCAUGGCGUGGGUACCAGGAGGAGGCAGACCUAAGAGCAGCAGAGAAGCAAUAUGGCACCAAUCGAGCAGAGAUGGUAGUUCCAGAUUUUCUAGAGCUAUUUAAGGAGAGGGCAACAGCACCAUUUUUUGUUUUCCAGGUGUUCUGCGUUGGGCUUUGGUGUCUGGAUGAAUACUGGUAUUACAGUGUUUUUACACUGUUCAUGCUGGUGGCGUUUGAGGCCUCGCUGGUUCAGCAGCAAAUGAGGAAUAUGUCAGAGAUCAGACGCAUGGGAAACAAACCCUACAUGAUCCAGGUGUAUCGUAACAGGAAGUGGAGACCAAUUUCAAGUGAUGAAUUAGUUCCAGGAGACAUUGUCUCAAUAGGACGAUCGCCUCAGGACAAUUUGGUACCAUGUGAUGUGCUGCUGCUUAGAGGUCGUUGUAUUGUGGAUGAGGCCAUGUUGACAGGAGAAUCUGUGCCACAAAUGAAAGAGCCCGUGGAAGACUUGGACCCAGAGCGAAUUCUGGACCUGCAAGGAGACUCUCGCCUCCAUGUCAUCUCUGGUGGGACAAAAGUAGUUCAACACAGCCCUCCUUUGAAGACUAGCGCUGGACUGAAACCUGUAGACAAUGGCUGUGUGGCCUAUGUGCUACGAACUGGAUUUUAUACCUCACAGGGUAAAUUGUUAAGGACCAUUCUAUUCGGCGUGAAGAGAGUGACUGCAAACAACCUGGAAACUUUUAUCUUUAUCCUUUUCCUCCUUGUGUUUGCCAUUGCUGCUGCUGGUUACGUGUGGGUAGAAGGGACAAAGGACCUCACCAGGAACCGAUACAAACUGUUUCUCGAGUGUACACUUAUACUCACUUCAGUGGUUCCACCAGAACUUCCUAUAGAGCUUUCGUUGGCAGUUAAUACAUCUCUUAUUGCCUUGGCCAAACUUUAUGUCUUCUGCACAGAACCCUUCAGGAUACCAUUUGCUGGGAAAGUCGAGAUUUGCUGUUUUGACAAAACAGGAACACUGACCAGUGACAGUCUGGUGGUACGAGGUGUAGCAGGCCUCAGAGAGGGAAAGGAGGUGAUGCCUGUCUCAGAUAUCCCCGUGGAGACCCAUCGGGUUGUGGCCACUUGUCACUCACUGGUUACGUUGGAUGAUGGACAGCUGGUUGGAGAUCCACUUGAAAAGGCCAUGCUUACUGCUGCGGACUGGACCCUUACUAAAGAUGAAAAGGUGUUUCCACGAGGCAUCAAAACUCAGGGACUUAAAAUCCACCAGCGUUUCCAUUUUGCCAGUGCUUUAAAAAGGAUGUCUGUCCUGGCCUCGUAUGAGAAGCUGGGCUCCACUGAGCUCUGCUAUAUCUCAACUGUUAAGGGGGCUCCAGAGACACUUAAAGCAAUGUUUUCAGAAUGCCCAGCAAGUUAUGAUGAAGUUCACAGGGAAAUGUCUCGUGAAGGGGCCAGAGUGCUGGCCCUGGGUUACAAAGACAUUGGACACCUUAGUCAUCAGCAGGUCAGGGAGAUCAGUCGGGAUGCUCUGGAAUGCAAUCUCCACUUUGCUGGUUUCAUGGUUGUUUCUUGUCCUCUUAAGAGUGACAGUAAGGCUGUCAUCAAAGAAAUCCAAGAAGCGUCUCAUCGUGUCGUUAUGAUCACAGGAGAUAAUCCUUUAACCGCCUGCCAUGUUGCCAGAGAGCUCCACUUUAUCCAGAAAGAGCACACUCUGAUCUUGCAGCCAAGCACCAACCAUGGUGAAUGGCAGUGGGAGUCGAUCGACGGCACUGUGUGUAUACCUCUGCCCCCUCCUUCGGUCUCCUCAUUUGUGCAUCAGUUUGACUUGUGUGUAACAGGGGAGGGGCUGGUCAGGUUAAGCUGUGACCCCAGGCUUCUCCACAACUUGUUACCACAUAUACAAGUAUUUGCCCGUGUCAGUCCAAAGCAGAAGGAGUUUGUGAUCACCAGUCUGAAAGGGAUGGGAUAUGUUACACUUAUGUGUGGAGAUGGCACAAAUGAUGUGGGAGCUCUUAAACACGCACACAUUGGCGUUGCUCUUUUAGCCAAUGCCCCAGAACGCAUGCCGGAAAGAAAGAAACAGUCCAGAGGCAAAGAGGUCUCUACUUCAGAAUCUAGAUCUUUACCUGUCAUGGGUUCAGGAACCAAACUCAGCUCUAGGGCAUCUAAACAAAGAGUGAUGGCUCACAGAGAGGAGCAGCUUGCAGCACAAAAGGAAAAAAUCAACCAAGUCCUACGAGAACUUGAAGAAGAUCAAGUACAAGUAGUAAAAUUGGGUGAUGCCUCCAUUGCUGCCCCCUUUACUUCAAAACUUUCCUCCAUACAGUGCAUCUGCCAUGUGAUAAAGCAAGGCCGAUGCACUCUGGUUACAACACUCCAGAUGUUCAAGAUCCUUGCUCUCAAUGCUCUGGUGUUGGCUUACAGUCAGUCUGUUCUCUACCUCGAAGGCGUUAAGUUCAGUGAUUUCCAGGCUACUCUUCAAGGUCUGCUCUUGGCGGGAUGCUUCCUCUUCAUCUCUAGAUCAAAGCCACUCAAAACUCUUUCCCGAGAGCGACCCUUACCAAACAUCUUCAAUCUGUAUACAGUGUUGACUGUGCUGCUGCAGUUUGCCGUUCACUUUUGUAGUCUUGUCUACCUUUACAAAGAGGCACAAAGCAGAAGUCCACCCAGAGAAGAACAGUUUGUAGAUCUGUAUAAAGAGUUUGAACCCAGUCUCAUUAACAGCACUGUAUACAUAAUGUCAAUGGCCAUGCAGAUGGCCACCUUUGCCAUUAACUACAAGGGUCACCCGUUCAUGGAAUCUCUCAGUGAAAAUCGACCUCUACUGUGGAGUAUUGCCUUGUCGGGUUUAGCAAUUGUUGCUCUUCUUACUGGUUCAUCCCCUGAGUUCAACGAACAAUUUGCUCUUGUAGAUAUUCCAGCUGAGUUCAAAUUAACUAUUGCCCAAGUACUGGUGGUGGACUUUGUUGCAGCUCUCCUUGUAGACCGCAUCCUUCAAUUCCUGCUGGGCAAAGGAACGCUCAGGCUGCCUUCUUGAACUCAGUGCCAACAGCAAAUGCUGCUCUCAUCAACCAAACUGUAAAGGGAGAGAUAACUUUAGAAGGGGAAAAUGAUAAUGGCUGUUUUUAUAUACAAGUCAGCUGAGACUGUCAUGGCAUUUAGUGCUGUUCACUCUGCUUGUCUUUUCCUUCAUUCUGCUCUGCUCAUCAUUAAUCCUCUGUGUGUAUGUACUUACACUAAAUCUCUGUCUGAUUUUUCCAAAUGUUUCUUUAAUAACUUAUUUUCUAUAUUUUGCCAUGUUUUGCCCUCUAUCUGUUUUUCCCUGUUUCUACAAAAGGCCAUGAAGACAGCAGUAUUGAAUGGGGUGUGAGAUUGUGCCAGCCAAGCUAUGAAGCAACCGGCACAAAAAAGUGGCAUUCUCCAAGAGAAUUGCAAUAGUGUUUUGGAUUUCUUUUUCUCUCCUUAAUUUUGUAAAAAGUACAAAAAGAUCUAUGACAAACUCAUAAAGACUUAAACAAAA